UGUUGCAAAACUCAAUUUUUAAUGCACUCGCCGGCAAAUGUACAAAUGUGUAUGAAGAAUCGAGUUAUCGCUUUCCAGUGUAACUACACCACAUUGAACUACUGUCUAGCAACAUUAUUCAUUGUCUCCCACUGAAAUUUCACCGGUAGAUACAGACUUUAGCUGUGAGAGACGACGAGAAAAGCUCCAACAUGUCAGUUAAACCACCAUCCCGUACGACUAUGAAAGCGAGUCGCUGUACUUGAAACCAGGAUCGAACGACGUCUGAGCCCGCGGGACCGCGAUGAAUGAUGCCAUGCCAGAGUUGUAGUGCGGGAAGUACCGUGAGAAGUGGACGCAUGGUUGUUUUUGUUUUCAGAAUCCUGCCGUUCGCUACAAUUGGCUCAGUGACCACCACGCCACGACAAGGCGGAGGCGACUCAGAUGACGAAGUCAACAGUCGACUACGACGACGACGACGACGACGACGGUGAUGAUGAUGAGUAGUUGAUCUUCUGCUAUUACUCCGUGUCCGCAGAGUGAGCUCAGGUCGUUCAAAGUUUGGUGUUGCUUGCCAGUCACCGUUCGCUCUCUAGUCAGUUUGUUGUUAGUGUGGCUGUUGCUGUUGUUGUUGACAGUCGUCGAGCGGACGACCGAGUGGAUUACAUGAUCCGGGUGGAGGACUUCCGCCCGCUAUGGAAAAAUCGAACAGCUGUAGCGCAGGCAAAACUACGUCAGUGAGUCAACAGCAUCCAAAUUUGGCGGCAGCGGAAAAUAGCGGACUGCAUCACCAUCAUCAUCAUCAAAAUCAUCAACCGCACCAUCAGCAGCACCAGCAACACACCUCGGCUCCACAAUCCACUGCCGUCGCCAGCAGUGCGAGUUCCUCCGAUCUUAAGUACCUGCAUAAGAAGUUUAAGCGCAUUGCUAGUGCCAGCUUAAGCACUGUCGAUGACAGUGGCAGUGAAUCGUCGAAGAAUCACGUUACGUCAGCAGAAGCGCUCAGCCGUAGUACACCGUUUACUACGACGUCGACGACGCCGACGCCAACUGCGAUAGCAAGUGCAAUCAGCGAUUCAGGCCCCGUCGUCGCCUACUCCACCGCUGCCGCGUAUUUGCCAAACCCAACGACUACUACUGCUGCUACGGCGGCGGUUGUAGUAGCAAACUCUGUCGUUGAACCACCCGUUCAGCAGCAACCAUGUGCCAACAGUACUAUCAAGGUGAAGAAGGAAAGUGAUUUUGUGGUCUACCCGUACGAAGCGAGUGCGACGGUGCGCUUUCAACCAACAGUAGAACAACAACACUCGCGGACUGUGAUCGAUGGGGACGACAGCUAUCAAAGUCGGCUCCAAUUAACCUUUCCGUGUGGUACCCCUGACCGGCUACACCAGAAACGGCCACUUCAGCAGAGUAACGGUGCUUCCUUGAAUUGCGUCAACCACGUAAGUGGGGCGAGCAUCAAUAGUUUUAUUAUCAGCAACAACCAUAUUCCUGUGAAACUAGAAGUGAGUGGUGACGGUACGAUUAAACCCUACUAUCCCAGUGUGAAUAAUAACAGUGCUAUCAAUACUAGUUGUGAUCUAAACGAGAAGAAUCAGUGUAGUACUACCACGGGAGGCGACGUUGACGGUGCCGCUAGUGGUCGAAGUAGUAAUAGUAGUGGAAGUGCGUUAUCAGCGCACGAGUUGGCCACUCAGGCCGAACAGAAGUACAUAGUUGUCCUGCAGCAGCAGCAACAGCAAUUGCAACACCAGUCUCCGCUGUACGAUCCAUCCUGUACUAAUAGUGUAAGUUCGACGUCUGUGGAAGCUGUCGGAUCGCCAGCGGUGGUAACCGGCAGCAGUAAUAGCGGGGCCGGAAUCCCCGGCAAGUAUAUGUGUCCGUACUGUAGGCUGAACUGCAACAAACCAUCGGUACUGGAGAAGCACAUCCGGCGGCACACGAACGAGCGGCCCUUUCGAUGCGAUCCCUGUGGGAUGGCAUUCAAGACCAAAAGUAACCUGUACAAACACUGUCGAUCUCGAGCUCAUCGGUCAAAGUUUCCAGAUAAGGAUAUUGGACCCACUGUAGAUGAGGACGGUUCCCUGGGAUCGGAUAUCGAAGACAAAGAAUUGAGCAACAGCGGUUCGGAUAUUAUCAACCGAGGAUCACCGAUGAUGGAUGACCGCGUACACUCGCCACAGCUCCUGGUGGAGAAACCCUACAAACCCAAGUUUCACAAUGCUGCCCUGUACGCCAAGUUUGACGGCAACAAACUGGGACCAGUGGGCGGCAAACCGGUGGUUUCUACAGCGAUGGUCAUCAACAAUAGCAGUAGUCAGCAGCAACACUACAUCAGCAGUACUGCCGGUAGCGGGGCCAAUUACAGCAGUAGUAACAGCACAUCGAUGGUUAGUCAUUCAGUUCCUUCAACGCCGCACUAUUUGAACGGUCAAAAUGUCGAAUCGCUCGAGCAACACAUUUCCAAGUUGAUAUCCGACAACGAAGCGAUAGUUGAUGUGGUAGAGCUACCGCUUCAGAAAAAGUACCACAAAAUAACUGGCAUCACACGAGGCAUAUCAGUAAACAGUAGUACUAGCAGUGGUUUAGCUGGUUCGGAUUCUCCUAGUUCUAAAUUGGCUAACGCACUGCUACAGAAGAGGAACAGCGAAGAACUACAGCAGCAGCAAUUGCUGAUGCUACAGCAACAGCAUCAGAUGCAGCAACAGCAACUACAACAAAUGCAGCAGCAGCAACAACAACAACAACAACAGCAUAUUCAGCCAUAUCCUCCAAGUGAACCUACCAGACCAAAGACGAUGGUGGCACAGAUUCCCUACGUGCAGAACCAUCAUCCUCCGGUGGGAACAAUAGAAGUGAUGCAUCAAUUGCCACCACAACAGCAACAGCAACAACAACAGCCUCAGCCUCAGAUGGUGGUUCGACCCAUCAGUGCCAACGAACUACAACCGCAACAAGUGCAAUAUCAGCAACCGUUAAAUUUAAGCAAACCCGUUCCAAACGAUCCACCAUCUAGUGCUGUUUGCGAGCCUGUUGCAGUACUAGCAGAACCUUCGCGUAUACGACCGCGAAGCGAGAGUUCGCGAUACAGUCGUGAGCAAUCGCCCGCUUCGUCUUCCUCGGUGCAACACCAAGCGCCCCCAUCGACGUCUGCUGUGUACUCUCAGCAGCAGCAGCAGCAGCAAGUUGCCAUCCCGCCAAGUCAACCGGCACCUUCUGCAGCGUCGCAACCAGUUCCUGUUAACGAUCAUCCUCAAAACCCGGAGCGAUCCAUCAUCAAAGACCUUCUGUUGAACUCGCGCGAAUUCGGUGUGGUCCAGAAUCCGGAGAACGAGAACAUCGAAAAGCUGUUCACCUGCAAGUCUUGCAACACCAGCUUCAGGGACGCCGAAAUUCUCAAAUAUCACACGGUCUGCUUCUGCAAAGGUAACAGCAGCAGUUUGAACAGUCCGGAUAGUGCGCCGAUGAGUCCGGUUGGUUCGCCACUGUCGCACUACAUGCGAUCCAAGCGGUUCAACCCGAACAGCUUGAAGAGCCUCGCCCGGGGGCUGUUGCUGCCUCCUUCGAGAAAUCCGGCUCCGCUUUCCAAGCUGGCAAAGUCGCAACUGAAGCUUCCUCGGGCGCGACCGGAAAAUAUUUCGCUGCCACCGAAGGAAGGAAGCAGCAGUAGAUCGAGCAGUAGUACCAGCGUUAGUGCCUCCGAAAAUUCCGCAGUGCCGGAAGUUCAGACUACAUUGCCGGCGGUUGCCAAAGUCGUGGACGUGGUUCAAAAUCCUUUGCCAUCGCCGGGACCGCUGCUGGGCAACACCCGGCUGGUGGAUUUCCAGACCAGCAAAGGUGAGUUCUUUAGCGGUAAAUGUUCGAAUCCCAACUAACAUUUUCAGCGCUAUAAGCUUCAGUCACUAGCUUUCUGCUGCAUAACAACCGAAUGCAAGCAGUGAACGCUGAAUAAAAAGGAAGCUGGUCAAAACUAAACCAUAAGCUCAUACACAGCUGCAAUACAAAUACCAUACAACUACCCAGUUCAGUUUUCUGAAAUCAGUUACUUGCCACUAGGUCUGCAUUUACUGCGCUACAAUCCAUCUCCGGGAGAUUUUCCGGAAGAUAUAAAAACUCAAACUUAUCGAAUAGGAGUGCCUACCAAUAAACAGCUGCAAUUAUACAGUACACUUUGUAAUGCUGCCGAAAUCACAAAACAAUAGCGCUUUGAAGCUCGUUAUGCGAUAUCAUUACAGCUAGAAGCUGUAUUGGUUUAUCAACGCGGCUUGUAGGAUGUAAACAUUAUAGCCAAAACAAACUGUAAGCGGUAUAUAUAGUUGCAACACAACUACUUUACGGCUGUCCAUCUCGGUUUUGUUAAAUCAUUUGGGUUGCGUUUACUGCAUUCUAAUUCAACUCCGGAAGAGUUGCCGGAAGAUGUGCCAAUCGAAUAUGAGUCCCCACCAAUCAAACAGCUGCUUUUAUACAGUACCUUUUGUAAUGUUGGCAAAUACGCAAAUCAGCAGCGCUUUGUAGCCUUCUAUAGAUCAUUCUUUCAGCUAGACGCUGUGGUGAAGAAACUCUUGGCGCAACCACACAGCUUGUUGAAUGUAAACAUUAUUGCGUUUGACGUUUCACAUGCUUUUUCAGCUAGAUGAAGUUGAUUAAGCAUUCUUGCGGCACAACUGCAAAGCAUUGGUUAGUGUAAAACAAAACGGGCAAUUUUCUAUGCUAUUUAUAUAUAACAGUGUGGCAGCGAGGACUUCAUCGGAACCAGCGGAUUCAGAGAUCGAGAGU